AUGAAUGGCGCAUUCUCAAUUUCUUCCCUAUUCUUGAUCCAUUUCCUCAUAAUCUUCUGUGGUGUCCAAUCCGCGAGCGAUCUCAUUCAGGACACCUGCAAGAAGAUUGCAGCGAUUGAGGUAGAGGUGAACUUCGACUUCUGCGUGAAGUCUCUCGGAUCAGACCCGCAUAGCCAUGAGGUGGAUCUCGAGGGACUAGGGCUAAUUGCGGUCAAGCUGUCACAAGCCAACAUUACAAGCACGAUCGAGUACACUAAGCAACUACUUAAGCAAAAGUUGGAUCCGCGCCUACUCAAAUAUAUCUCGUUUUGCUGGACAGUGUACGCCCCAUUUGAAGGCAAAGACGUGAUCCCAUUUUACAAGGCGAAGGAUUACAAAACCGUGGGUAGUUGGGCAACUGUACUUGGAGGUAACGAAGAUAUGUGCGACUCUCAACUAACGCAGAAGAAAGGCAUGGUUCCACCUUUGACAAAGCGUAAUGCUGAGAUUUCUCAAUUGAGCGCCAUAGUAGUUGAUAUUAUGCAUUUUUUGGGGUGGAAAGCGUAA